AUGCAUAUUGACGAGAGGUCGUCCGUUUGGGUUGAAAUUCUACCAAAAAGGACCGAUGAUGAAGCGCCGAAACUGCGAAGUACUAUCUACAGUAUACCGGUACGGAUAAAUCCAGUGAAUGAUGCGCCCAAUUUGAAACCUGGAAUUGAUCCAGAGGCGCUUCUCAUUUCCGGUGAAUCAAAGCUUACCCUCGAUAGCCGAGCGAUAAACUUAUGGGAUGCAGACAGCGAUCCAGAUACGGUGUUUGUCAGUGUU